AAGAAGAAAAUCAGUAGCACCGCAGCUGCAUUGAACGUACAAUGGCGCACAUACCUAAGUUGGGACAAUGUGGCCAUACCUUUACCAGAGGUUUCAAUUCUAUUGUAAAAACUGUAGAACAAAGGACGCAUAAGGGCGCAGAAAAAGGCGCAACGUUGUGGAGAAACAUAAGUAUCUUCGUAGGUCUUCCUUUAAUUAUACUUUCAAAUGUUAACAGUUAUUUGAACAGCCAGCAGCACCACAGAGAGCGUCCGGAAUUUAUUGCUUAUCCCUAUUUGAAAAUUAUAAAUAAGCCUUUUCCCUGGGGAGAUGGUAAACAUUCAUUAUUUCAUAAUCCCAAAGUAAAUUAUGUACCUGGAAUUGGUUAUGAAGAGUAACUGUUUAAUAUAAUU